GGCACGAUACCAUUAGAGAUAGGAAAUAUGAACAGUCUGGUUGAAUUGGCGCUAGGAUGGAAUAAAUUGACCGGUAUGAUUCCCCCUGUCUUGGCUAAUUUAAGCAACAUCCGCGUUCUAUACCUGCAUACCAAUGAACUCGGUGGUCCAAUACCAUCAGAAUUAGGAAAUCUACAUAAUCUGAUUGACUUGUCACUACACAGCAACAAACUCAUUGGUUUCAUCCCUCACUCUCUGGCUAACUUAAGUAAACUAGAGAUUCUCUAUUUGUAUGAGAAUCAAUUAUCUGGUCCGCUACCUUCAGAAAUUGGAGUUAUGGAAAAUCUGGUUCAGUUGGACCUAUUUGAAAACAACCUCAGCGGUCCAAUCCCUCAUUCUCUAGCUAAUUUAAGUACACUAGAGAAGCUCUAUUUGUUUGAGAAUCAAUUAUCUGGUCCGCUGCCUUCAGAAAUUGGAGACAUGAAAAAUCUGGUUGAACUGGCAUUAUGUCAAAACAAUCUCAGCGGUCCAAUCCCUCAUUCUUUGGCUAAUUUAAGUAGACUAAAGGAGUUGUAUUUGUAUGAGAAUCAAUUAUCUGGUCCCAUAUCUCAAGACUUAGGUAGCCAAGCAUCCAAUUUAGUAAUCGAAUUAUUUGACAACCUCUUAUCUGGAAGCUUACCACAACAAAUAUGCCAAGGACGAUCACUUCAAAAAUUAACGGUUAACAACAAUAGUCUCAUGGGUCCUAUUCCGGAUUUGAGAAAUUGCACAAGUCUGAGGAGAGUUCGACUUGAAAACAACCUAUUUGUAGGAAAUAUAACCAACAGUUUUGGUGUACAUCCAUAUCUUUAUUACAUUGAUAUAAGUCACAAUAGACUAUAUGGAGAACUAUCACCAAAUUGGGGAGAAUGUAAGAAUUUGUCAAUGCUAAAGAUUUCUGGAAACAAUAUUAGUGGGAAGAUACCAUCUGAGGUUGGUCAGUUAACUCAACUUGGAAAACUUGACCUUUCUUUCAACAAACUUGCUGGAGAAAUACCAAAGGAACUCGGUAGAUUAUCCGGUUUGCUCUGGUUGUAUUUAAAUGACAACCAGAUUUCAGGACAUGUACCAGUGGAAAUCGGCAAAUUAAUCAAUUUGGAGCAUCUAGACCUAUCAUCAAACAUGUUAACUGGAUCAAUCCCCACCCAACUUGGUCAAUGCUCCAAACUGUUGUCAUUAAAUUUGAGUUGUAAUUCAUUGAAUGGAAGCAUUCCAUCUGAAAUUGGAGAUCUAGUAUUCCUACAAACUCAAUUGGACCUUAGUCAUAACUCAAUCAGUGGACUGAUACCAUCACAGCUUGCAAAGUUGGUGAUGUUGGAAAUUUUGAAUCUAUCCCACAAUAUAAUCACAGGGUUUUCAGACAUGCUGCUUCACCACAAUCAUUUAGAAACAACAAAGGGUUAUGCGGUGAACUUCAAGGUGUACUUGCCUGCAAUCAAUCUCGUACAAGUAAGGGAUAUAGUAAAAAUGGACACAAAGUCCUCAUAUCCAUCAUUGCUUCUUUGA